AUGUCUGUUCUCUCAGAUGUGACCGGAUCAUCAGAUGGAUCAGUUAGAAUUUGGGAGUGGGGAGUGGGACAACCUGUGUUCACUGCCCGUGUAGCUGGUCAACAUGCCAAGGUGUCCAAAGUUUCGUUUUCGUGCAAUGGUGAUAAAUUCGCAGCAGUUGAUGUAGACGGAAUGUUGGGCCUGUGGCAGGCCACUCCUUCCACAGAACACAGUAAACCAUUUUUCGUGAGUGGUCGUUUGCUCAUUCCUACUUUUUUCAAGGGUUUUUUUGCAGUUCAUGUCGGACGCAUAUCAGAGACUUGUUCAUUUUUUUUAUUCGUAUGA